GCCAGGCAGCGGGCGGCCAGGCUGCGCCACACCUCGCUGUUCUCGUCGCCGUGCAGGACGCGGUGCCACAGCUUGCAGACCAGCGCGCAGCUCCGCAGCUCCCGCAGCUCCAGAGGUGUCCCCAAAGCAUGGCAGUCAAAUGGACUGGUGGACAUUCCUCCUCUGUCCUGUGCCUGACUGUGAGCGCAGAGGGGCUGGUGGUGUCCGGGGCGGAGCGCGGGGAGCUGGCGCUGUGGGAUGGGGGAGGCUCUCCAGGGAGACAGCUCCGGCUCCCGGGGGAGGAGGACGUGACCUCCGUGGUGUUCUCUGCCCGCCGCCCCAGCACCCUGUACACCUCCCACGGAGAAACCAUCAGCGUGCUGGAUGUCCGGGCCCUCCAGGAGCCCCUGGAGCGCUUCCACGUGAACGAGGAGGAGAUCAACUGCCUCUCCCUGAACGACACUGACAGCUUCCUGGCCGCGGCAGAUGACUCGGGGGCCAUAAAGGUUGUGGACUUGGAAAGCAAGAAAGCCAUACGGUCCCUGAGACACUCCAACAUCUGCUCCUCUGUCGCCUUCCGACCUCAGCGGCCUCAAAGCCUGGUUUCCUGUGGACUGGACAUGCAGGUCAUGCUGUGGAACCUGCAGAAAGCUCGCCCCUUGUGGACCACAAACCUGCAGGAGUGUGGCCUGGAGGACGACAGCCCACAGUCGGCCGGGCAGUUCUUCAACCCGCCGCUCGCACAUUCCCUGUCCGUCGCCUCCUGCGGAAACGUCUUCGGCUGCGGAGCUCAGGACGGUAAAAUCAGAAUAUUCCGAGUCACUGGUGUCAAGUUUGAACGUGAGCUGGAGUUCCAGGGUCACAGCUUGGGAGUCUCCCAGGUCCUCUUUAUGCCAGAGGCGUACUGGUUGUUGUCUGGAGGAAACGACGGGAAAGUCCUGCUCUGGGAUGUCGGCAGCGAGGUUGGGAAGCAGCAGAAAAGUCCAGCAAAAUCUCUGCAGAGGAGGAAGGCCCAAGCACCUGCUUCCAGCAGGAAAAAUGGGAAGCUCAACAAAGUGUCCUCAAGUGAACAGGCUGGAGUUGUGCCAAAGCUCACCAUCGAGCACGGAGAGAAGGUGAACUGGCUCUCGUGCGCAGAGAUCAAAGGCUCCAGGAGGGUGUUGGUCGCUGACCAGAGCAGCUCUGUGUCGGUGUAUCCCUUGCCAGAACUGUAAAUGCCCAGGUGUUUACAGACAUUGGGGGGGCAGAACCACUUCUCAGAGCCAGUUACAUCCACUGACAGUGACCUGGCCAGUGAACCCCCAUGUCCCUUGGAAGGGGAAGGGAUUUGCUGUGCGCUCGUGGUGUCCCUGGCCUCGUGCUGGUUCUCUGUGGCUCUUGUGUUCACAGCUGCCAUCUCCUGCAGGGUUGGCAGUUUGCUGCUUGAAUUAAGUGAAACGGGUCUUUAUAUUUAGGGGGGUAUCAGUCCAUGACUAAGCUGAUGUAAUUAAGGCUGGAAGAGGAAAUCAGCACUGAGGGGACACCCCAAUGCUGAGUGAGGGUGCUGAGCAGUGACAGGGCUGUGCUCUGUGGGGUUUGCACUGUUGCAGUGCUCUGUGAGACUCUCCCCAUGAAGCUGUGGCCCAGUUGGGUUAAACCAGCUGUAGUGGAAUCUGUUUUCCAUCAUUCUGUCAGCAUCUGCAUGUAAGACUAGAGAAGCAUCAAUUAAUGAGCAAUAAAAUGAGUUUCCCUGUUGCCAAUUGGCUUUGCUCACGCUGCAGUAAAGGAGGGAGCAGGGGAACUGUUAACACCUGUUUGAUGGCUCAGCUGUCAGUUGUUUAUCCCAGGGAAAGAGAACUAUUACACUUAAAUAAAUGCCUUCUCUCUCACUGUU